AUUACUCAAAAUUUUGUAAAAUCAUGAAAAAAAUUUUGAAAACUUAUUUAAUAUUUUUAAUGAUUUAUGGAACCAAUGGACAAACUGUAAAUUGUGAUUAUCAAUAUAAUAAUAAUUUUUGGAUGACUUCAUAUCAAAACAUGAAUGAUUCCGGAUAUACAUGCAGCUUGAUAACACGUGAAUUAAGUUUCUUUCAAAAACUCUCAAGAUUUAGGAAUCAUAAAGCUGGACGCAAUGAUGCUGAUGUGAAAUGGAUCAUCAACUAUAAAGAAAGCAAAAUGAAAACAUUCUCAUCAAGUAUCUGCCAUAAGUUCCCUAAUCUUGAAAUAAUUGAUAUUGGUGGUGCCGAAAUGGAAUCAAUUGAUGACGACGCGCUGUCAAAUUGUAAAAAUUUGAAAUUUUUGAUGCUAAAUGGAAAUGAAAUUCGAGAAGUUCCAGAAUAUUUGCUGACUCGAAACUCAAAGCUGAUUUAUUUUUGGAUUAAUAAUAAUCAACUGACAACCUUGCCUGAAAAUGUGUUUAUCAAUAAAAAGGAACUUGUGGAACUGCUGUUGAAUAAUAAUCAAAUAAAUUUCAUACCGAGCAGCAUUUUUCGACAGCUUGUGAAGCUUGAAAUGCUGAAUUUGGACAACAAUGAGCUUCAGUCAAUCAAUCCAGAAUGGUUUGUAGGUUUGCAGAACUUAAAAUUGUUAAGCUUGAAUGGAAAUCAAAUUGUGGAAAUUCCAUCAAAAUGCUUUGCAGCACUUAAAAAUUUAGAAAAAUUGUGGCUUAAUAAAAACAGAAUUAAAACUUUAAAAACUGACAAUUUCGGAGGUCUUCAGAAUUUACAAAUAUUAAGUCUGCAUACCAAUGAACUUUCAGACUUUCCAGCUGGCGUUUUUACUCAGUUGACAAAUUUGCAAGAGUUAAGUUUAAAUAGCAACAAAUUGACAAUAAUCCAUUCAGAUUCCUUCGAUGUUCACAGCCAGUUGACAGCUGUUGAUCUCGAAGACAACGAAAUCAACGCAAUUGAUCCAAAAGUCAUCGACAACACUGCAGUUUCAGCUCUUAAAAUGACAAACAACAGUUGCUGCCAACUUGACACAGAAACUAAAAGUGAAAUAAAAGCAAACCUGAAAAAAUGCUUCAACAAUUAUCAACCACGACAUUAUCAAGCUAAUGCUGAAUCAUGUGGAAAAGGAGUCAAAGCACAAGGAACAAUCAUUGGAGGAAGUGAAGUUAAACGCGGCAUGCAUCCAUGGAUUGCUGCCUUGAUUGCACCAAGAAACAAAUAUUUUUGUGGUGGAACUUUGAUUUCAAAGAGGAAGCUUGUCACAGCUGCUCACUGCAUGUUAAUUCUUGCACGUGACAUCACAGUCCUCCUGGGCGUUCAUGACUUUAGUAAGCGACAUGAAGUUGGAAGAUUUCCUUAUGCUGUUCAGAACGUUUACAUCCAUCCUGAUUGGAAUCCACACACUGAUACUUAUGAUGCUGACAUUGCAAUUAUGGUCCUCGAAACUGAAGUCACAUACAGCAAGUAUAUCCAACCGAUUUGUCUCAUGUACGCUAACUCAACAUUAGCUGAACACUCUGAAGGUGUUGUCGUUGGAUAUGGAAAGGACGGAGAUCCAAAAAAGGAACAUUCAAUCAUCCCAAAGUCCAUCAACUUGCCAAUUCAUAAAAAUGAAGAUUGCUUCCUCAAAAACUACGAAUUGGCUCGAUACUCAAGCAAGCGAACGUUCUGUGGUGGAGCUGGAAAUGGAACUGGUGUCUGCAUUGGUGACAGUGGAAGUGGAUUGGUCGUGACUGAUGGCAGUGCUUACUAUCUUCGUGGAAUUGUCUCUGCAUCACUUAAUAACAUGACUUAUGGAUGCGAUGUUGAUACUUACUCGAUUUUUACAAAUAUUCUGCACUUUACUGACUGGAUUAAUGAGCUUCCUGUUGAACGAGUUUUUUAAAUCAGUUCAAAAAUUUUUUAAGCUUUAAAUCAAC